CCCGGAUUUAACUCGUUUGUUUUCACAAUUUUCAUCAGAAAAUUGAUAAACAUCCUGAAGUGUGGAUGUGGAGCAGAAGAGCUGGGACCCAAACGGUUGCUGUGCGAGAGGUUUCUGCGGCGGUGGGAAUCCGUUACACGUCAUAUCCGGUGUUUAUUUGAUGUUAUUGCAAAUCUGGAUAGAUAUCUAGAGGCUAAUGCUAAUGCUAACAGCUGGUAUAAGAUAUAUGGGACUGUAUUUUUCUGCACUUUGACCUUUUUUUCGAGGAUUUGUAAAGAUUUUUUUUUUAAAUCCUGCCUAAAGUCUGAACCGGUUGGCUGUGUGAUAUUUACUGUCCGUGGCUGAUAAUAACCUGAUUAAAUAUUAAUAAUACUGUAAAAGCUAACUAAUCAACGAGUGCCACGUGAUACAUUGUUUUGUAUUUUUCUGUGAUUUAAAAAAAAGCCUUAUUUUUUUUUUUGUAGAAUAUUUGUUGUUUUUUUUUACCAUGCUGUUUUUCAAGCCGGAUCUCUGACCCUGAAUGAUUACGUCAUCACACGUCAUCACUAGUUCCUGUUGGGUUCGAACCCUCACCUGAACUCCUCUCAGGCUGAUCUGUGAGUGUGCUGAUGAAGCAGAAAGAGGCAGCAUGGCCAGCUGCUGGAAACCCACACACCCUUCUUUUGGGUUCGUGUUGUUGUUGUUGUUGACGGCGGAGGUUGUGGGUGCUGAGGGUACGAACAGCUCAGUGGUGGUGGUACAGAAAGAUGGGCAGUUUAACACCAGUUACUUCGACGCUGUGACCAGUGAAAUGCAGAUCAUCUACACCUUCAACCAUACCGUCACCCGCAACAAGACGGAGGGGAUCCGUGUGUCCGUGGAGCUGCUCUCAGAGAGCACGAAGAGCCCUGUGCUGUUAGUAGUGAGGCAGAAACAAGCCGUUCUCUCCUUCCAAGUUCCGCUCAUCCUGCGAGGCCUGUACCAGAGAAAGUACCAGUAUACGCACGUGGGCCGAACUCUGUGCCAGCCCCCAACACUCGCCCUCUUUGAGACCCAGUUCUUCUAUGUGGACGUCUCCACUCUGUCCACCUCCAGCAUCCAGUACCAGCUGCGGGUCAGCCGGGUGGAAAGUUUCACGCUGCAGACAAAUAAGAAGUUCAGCUUCAACGCAACUCCAUCUCAACCCCAGUUUUUUAAGUACAAGUUUCCAGAUGGAGUGGACACAGUCAUCGUGAAAGUAAACUCUGAGAAGAACUUCCCCUGCUCUGUCAUGUCUGUUCAGGACAUCCAGUGCCCUGUGUACGAUCUGGACAACAACGUGGCCUUCAUUGGGAUGUAUCAGACCAUGACCAAGAAGGCUGCCAUUACUGUACAGAGGAAGGACUUUCCCAGUAACAGCUUCUACGUGGUGAUCGUGGUGAAGACGGAGGACGAAGCGUGCGGCGGGCCGCUCAAGUUCUACCCCCUCUCACCCGAUGAGCUGCUGGAUGCUGGAAACAGGAGCAAAACUCUGGAAGUGGUCGUCUCACCUGCCAUCAGCUCCGAGGUGUACGUUAUGGGAAUGCUGUUCUGUCUCGGCAUCUUCUUGUUCUUCUACAUACUAACCUUCCUGUUGGCCUGCAUCGAAAACAAGAGAAUGCACAAAAAGAAGGAGGGGCUUCUGAAGCCAGCUGACAUGUCACCAGCGGAGACGGGAAAAACUCCAGCCUCUCCAUACGAAUAUGGCUCAUUCGCUGAUAACGCCAGCACGUUGAGCUCCGAACCCGUGACGGACAGUUUGGCCUCCACUGAUGCUAAUUACGGAUACAUGGAGCGCUCGCUGGACACAGUGGGUCGGUGCAGACAGGAGUCUCUGAGUUCAGUGGAAGAGGACGACUAUGACACGCUGGCCGAUAUCGACUCGGACAAAAACAUCGUCCGCACCAAGAAGUACCUGUGUGUCUCUGAUCUGGCUCGGAAAGAUAAACGAGUGCUGAGCAAGAAGUACCAGAUCUACUUCUGGAACAUUGCCACCAUUGCUGUGUUCUACGCUCUGCCCGUGAUCCAGCUGGUCAUCACGUAUCAGACGGUUGUUAACGUGACAGGAAAUCAAGACAUCUGUUACUACAACUUCCUGUGUGCGCAUCCUCUUGGAGCCCUUAGCUCGUUCAACAACAUCCUGAGUAACCUCGGUUACGUGAUGCUCGGGCUGCUGUUCCUGCUCAUCGUGCUGCAGAGGGACGUCGUACACAAGCGUGCGCUCAUGCGCAACAAUAUCACCGCACUGGAGUGCGGCAUCCCCAAGCACUUUGGUCUGUACUAUGCCAUGGGUACGGCUCUGAUGAUGGAGGGGCUGCUGAGUGCCUGUUACCACGUCUGCCCCAACUACACCAACUUCCAAUUCGACACGUCGUUUAUGUACAUGAUUGCGGGUUUGUGUAUGCUGAAGCUGUAUCAGAAGAGACACCCGGACAUCAACGCCAGUGCCUACACCGCCUACGCCUGUCUCGCUGCGGUCAUCUUCUUCUCCGUGCUGGGAGUGGUGUUUGGGAAAGGGAACACGGUUUUCUGGAUCGUCUUCUCAGUGCUGCACAUUGUGUUCACUUUGUUGCUCAGCACUCAACUCUACUACAUGGGCCGCUGGAGGCUGGAUACGGGUAUCUUGCGCAGGAUACUUCAUGUGAUUUACACAGACUGUAUCCGUCAGUGCAGCGGCCCCAUGUACAUGGAUCGGAUGGUGCUACUUGUGAUGGGCAACAUUGUGAACUGGUCUUUGGCUGCAUACGGUCUCAUCAAAAAGCCAAAUGACUUUGCUUCGUACCUGCUGGCCAUCGCCAUCUGUAACCUGCUGCUGUACUUCGCCUUCUACAUUAUCAUGAAGCUGCGGAGUGGCGAACGGAUCCAGUGUUUGCCGCUGGUCUGUAUUCUCUUCACGGCCAUCAUUUGGGGCUUUGCUCUUUUCUUUUUCUUUCAAGGACUCAGCACCUGGCAGAAAACGCCAGCGGAGUCCCGUGAGCACAAUCGCAACUGCAUCCUUCUCUCAUUCUUCGACGAUCAUGACAUCUGGCACUUCUUGUCUUCGAUCGCCAUGUUCGGCUCUUUCUUGGUUCUGCUGACGAUGGACGAUGACCUGGACACGGUUCAGCGAGACAAAAUCUAUGUCUUCUAGCACCUGCUCAAUCAUAGAAAUGCACGUUCGUCGCCUGAUAGCAAGUGUCAGACAAAUGGGGGCGGGGUCCCUAUGGGACAUCGGACUUGCCAAUCAAAUCUGCCCCGUGAUCACAGCGCGGGCCGAGGUUCAGUGGCUCAGAGCAAAGUGAUUAAACCUGCCAAGCAAACAGCAAUGCAUUUACACUGCUGGUGUUUUCACUGUAUGCUGAGUGUGUGUCCACGUGCGAGUGUGUGUGUGUGUGCGUCCUGUUAACCUGUGGCCUUCUGUGUUUUUGAUCUUUGGUCCUGUGGAAUGGAUUGACUGUAGCUCACUGUAACUGAGUACACUUUUUUUAAGGAUGAUGAUUCAUGAUGCCGUUUAUCGACUUUAUAAUGUCUGUAACAAACAAAAAAAAGGGGGUAUUUAAUGAGAAAUGGUUACUGAAUAAAGUAUUUGUAAAUUUUUCAAUAGUC